AUGUGGCUGGCCCUCCUGCUGGGAAUGCUUGCCUCCUCCUGCGGGGCACUGGACACCCCUUGCCUCCCGACUGGGGGAAAGACCUGCCAUCGCCUGCUGUGGACCCCCUGGCCCCUCCCUGCCACCUGGUCCUGGUGCUGGCGCCGUGGGGGCCGCAUCCUCCCUCUAUGGGGCCAGCAAGCAGAAGAGGCCUUCGGGAGCCAAGUGGCAGGCGGGGGCAGGAUCAGGCCCCAAGAACAAGAGCAGCAUCCACCGGCUGGGGCCUCUUAUUCCUCCUCCUCCUCCUCCAUCGGGUGCCAGGCUAUCAUCCGGUUUGGGGACCGCUUAUGGGGCAGGAGGGCAACCUGCUCGCAGAAGCGCUUCUUCAUCUGCCAGACGGGACCUCCCAGGAUACGGAGAGAAGUCUCCAACCCCCAGCGAAGGCGUUCAAGCUGUCUGAGACUGAGCUGCAGACUGAGACCCCCAUGGAGGAGAGCCACACCUGAGCCCGACAUCCUGACCGUGGGGCCAACAAGCCCCCCUCCAGGCACACAGGAGGGGACAACAGAGGGAGGCUCGUGGCCCAGUGCCAGCCAGGCUCCGGACGGCACUCAAGCCCUCCCUUCCACGAGGAAAGAGCUCCACACCACCAGGAAGGAAAUCCCCAGCCAGCAGCCUGAAGCGGAUCCCCACUGGCCUUCAGGUGCCCCCCGGGAAGCCUAUAUCAACCAGACAGAGCCCAGCACCCAUCCAGUCAUCCAGGUCCAGACACACCAAUUAGAAACAUCCUCUUCAGCUGCCACAGGGGAACCACUGCCGAGAGGAACAAGCAGGUCAUCCUUGGAGGAGACAGAAAGCCCAGACCCGGGACCCUCCACCCUCAGUCCUCAAGACCCCUCCCCUGAGGAACAGGCACAGGCCCUGGAGAGAGAACUGGGCCAGUUCAGCGAGUCGGUGGCUGAGGAGUCCUCACGGGGAAAAGCCCACCAGCUGAAGGACCUGACCAGCUCCCCUUCUCUGCUGUCAGAGGCAGCCCAGGCCUCUGCCAGCCGGGCCCUCCUAUCCCUGAGCACUCAGCUCCUUAGAAAGCGAAAGAAACCUCGCAAAGUUGGAGUCUCCGCUGCCUCUGACCGCCCUGUGGGCAACCCCUGGCAAGACCUCUUUCAGACUCUGGGCAACCUCCUCCAGGCCAUGGAUAACUCUGACGGGGGACACAAAGAGGGAGAGGUGGCCCUGGAAGAUACGCUGGCCUCCCUGCCCCUUAUCCAGAGUGGGCUCCUGAUUGGCUGCCCCGGAACACAGACGACGACUGUGGCCUCUCCAGCACUCAGCACCACACUCAGCAGAGCCACCGCGACCUCCCUGCCCCAGAGCUCCUUCGAGGUACCUGAGCCGAGGCCCGUGAGUGUCACCUUCCCCUCCAGCCCAGCGUUGGAGACCCUGAUGGGACCAGAGAGCUACGUCCAGGUCCGGGUAAGUGAUCCAACAAUGAGGCGAAUUAGGCGGUUGACUAUGGCGCAGACCAUGCAGGGGCGCUGUCAAGGCGGCGGUGGACGGGUGGCUGUGCCUUCUGCUGCCGCCGCCACCAGUAUUCAUCAGCAAUUUGUGGCCUCCUUCGCACUCAACCCCUUCAGGCAGUUGAACGGAAAGCCAAUCAGAAGUGUAGCCAGUGUGGCUCUGGCAGCAGAGGAGAACGAAACAGCAGAAGAGCAGGCCCUCCAUGUCCAGGGCCUCACAGAGGAGAUUGAGAUUGUGCUUGGCGGAGAGGCGGACGGUGGAGAGGCCUCUGCCAUGAGCAGCAGCAUGGCUGGUUUGGGCGCUGGGCUCUUCAGCUUGGAAGUGAACAUCACAUCGCUGGAGGACGCCUUGUUGGUCUCUGUCAGGCCCCAGGUCCCACUGCAGAUUACCCUACACCUCUUGGGACCCCCAGGAUCCAAAGGAAACGGCAGUGGCAGCCUCCUCAACACCACGUUCCCUGAGGGCCAACCAGAAGAGGAGACUGCCUCUGUGUGGGUCAUUCCCCCAGAGAGCCUCCGCUGUGGCCUGGGCACCUACUUCAUCUCUGGAGAGGUCACCCCUGUGGCGAAUGCCUCCUGGAACCUCUCAGUGGGCAUCCUCAGCAGUGGGUGUUACUACUGGAACAGCCAGGACCAGGCCUGGAAAACCGACGGAUGCCGGGUGGGUCCCCAGAGCUCAUUGCUCCGUACCCAGUGCCUCUGCAACCACCUCAGUUUCUUUGGACGCUUCUCCCUGGUCCUGCCGCACGUGAUUGACCUCCGGCGAACGGGGCUCCUCCUGAGCAGAGUGGGUCAGAACCCAGCUGGAGUGGCCCUUCUCAGCAGCCUCUUGUUGGGCUAUCUGGUUGCCCUCAUCUGGGCCCGAUGGAGGCAGAGGGCAGACGCCCGGAAGGUGAGGGUCCUGGCCCUAGCAGACAAUGACCCUGGCGCCCAAUUCCUGUAUUUGGUGCAGGUCUUCACCGGCUAUCGCUUUGGUGCAGGAACCUCCGCUCAGGCCGUCCUGACCCUCUAUGGGGCUGAGGGACGGAGCCGCCCCCACCUGCUGCAAUGCUCAGAGGCCUCCAGAGGCCUUGAGCGUGGUGGGAUGGAUGCCUUUCUUCUGGCCACUCGCAGACCCCUAGGAAACCUCCAUGCCGCCCGCCUCUGGCACAACCAGACAGGAUCCAGUCCCAGCUGGUUUGUGCGCCACCUGGUUGUCCGAGACCUGAAUGUGAGGAGGAGGUGGUACUUCCUGUGCAACUGCUGGUUGGCCUCAGACAUGGACGAUGGGCAAGUGGACAAGGUCUUUGUGGCCGCUUCACAGGAGGAGCUCCUGUCCCGACGGCACCUCUUCUGGGCUGGGCUGGUGGGAAAGCUGACACAGGAGCACCUCUGGCUCUCAGUGCUGACCUGCUCCAUCUGGAGCCCCUUCACCCGGGUUCAGCGCCUCUCCUGCUGCCUUGCCCUCCUCCUCUGCUCCAUGCUCAUCAACAUCAUGUUCUGGAAGGAGGCCCCGAGGGAUGACGAGCCUUCGUCGGAGGCGGUUGUGUCUUGCAGCAGAACAAGGCCCCUGACCCCUCCCCCCUGGUCCACAGAGCCCUUUGUGGUGACGUGGAAGGAGCUGAUGGUCAGUGCGCAGGUUGCCGUUCUCAUGGUGCCAGUGAACCUGAUGGUUGUCCAUGUCUUCAAACUGGUCCACUCUCCCCUUGGGCCCCAGCAUCCUCCCAGCACCAGGCCCCCCUGUCCUCCACUGCCCGCUUCACCAGUGGACCCACUCACACACCUGCAGCAGGAACUGAUUGAGACGCUGGGUUUCCUCCUCAAGAACAUCCUUUGGCAGCACAGAGAGGCAGGUGGCUUCCCAGGGGCCCUGCAGCAGGUGCCGGAGCUGGUGGCCAGCCUCUGUGCCCUCGUCCGGUCUCACCUGCAAGCCUUGGAAGACCCAGGAGGCCUUCUUCAGGGAAAUGGAGCCGGAUGCAGCCCCCUCCAGCCCAGCCCAGAGAGGUCCCGCAGCCUCCAUAGCUACAUCUGCCUUGUGGUGAAGGACCUGGAGGCGCAGCUCCGUAACCUGGACUGGUGCAGCCUUCCAAAGCCCUACGACUACCUCCAUGCUGCAGACCAGCUGCAUAAGCUCUGGAAGAACCUGGAGCAGCACCUGCCACCAUUUGUCGUGACAGCCACCCCCUCCGUGGGGUCCAGUUGGCGCUUGUUCCCAUGGAAGGCGGUGGUGCAGCUUCCCUCUCUCAUCUUCUCCCUCCUCCUCCUCCUCCUCUUCGGCAGCCCCUUGGGAUGCUGCAGCUGCUGGCCCCGGAGCAAGAAAGGCAGCCCCACAAAAGGAGAUGCAGCCCAGGAAGUGCCGCUGGCUCCACCGCCAUCGCUAACCUUCCCCGACUACUCCCGCUGGCGUCUUCCCAGCCGCUGGGGCUUCCUCUGCUGGGGCCUGGUGGGCACCCUCAGCUUGGCCUCCGCCUUCUUCACGGUGCUCUACAGCCUCCAGAUGAGCCGGGAGAGGGCCAGUCGCUGGGCCCUCUCCGUUCUGCUGUCCGUGCUGCAGAAUGUCCUUCUCAUGCAGCCACUCAAGGUGCUAGUCCUGACCGCUCUGUUCUCACUGAUGCGCAAGAAGCAGCUCUGGGAGGACGAGGGGCAGGAGCGUCGGCUGCACCAGGCACUGGGUGCCCUCCUUGCAGAGAGACAACACUACCCACCAACCUUCCAGCACUACACUGGCCCUCUGCCCAGGCCGCCUGCCCUCAAAUCCACUGCAAGAGCCACGGAUCGGACCCUGAGAGAAAAGAAGUUGUACUCCUGGCUCUGGGAGAUUGUGGGUGAGGAGUGUAAAGGGAGGGAGGGAGACAUAGUUGCCCCAGGGCCCCAAGUGAAGGGGGACAUUCUUUUGGCGAGAGCAGCCGUGAAGAUGACCCCCUUCUUGCAAGGCCCAUUUCCUUCUCCUUCCAUCACAGGGCAGCUUGUCUUCCUGGCUGUCCUGAUGACACUCAGCUACAUUGAGAGGAGCCCUGAAGACUUCUACUUGAAUGCUGCCCUCCAGAGGAGGCUGACCACUGGGCUGGCCGAGGUCCAGACAACUACGCAGUUCUACUUCUGGGCCUCAAAGACCCUGGUGCCAGCCAUUUAUGAGGACGACGAGUCUCAGGGAGCCGGGGGAGACCCAGCAACAGGUUUGGCCGCAGAUGGAAACUCCCUCCUGGUGGGCAGCGUGAGAUUGCGGCAGAUCCGGGCAAAGAAGGGCAACCCCAACCCCUGGCUGCCUCUCUCCCUCCGCCAGGAGAUAAAGGCCCCUUCUGCCCGCUCUUGGGGCCCUCCUGGCCUAAAGAGGGAGGGGCAGGGGCAAGAGGGGGGGCCCUGGGAAUUCCAGAGCGAGAGCACCUUGAGGGAAUACCCCGUCUGGGGCAGGUUUGCUCUCUACCCUGGAAGUGGUUACGUGGCCCAUCUGGGCACCAACGCAAGCCAUGCCCAGAGGGUCCUCUGGUACCUGAUGCGGCAACGCUGGCUUGACAGGGAAACACGUGCCAUCUUUGUGGAGCUAGUGGUCUAUAAUGUGAACGUGAAUCUCUUCUGCUCCAUCACACUGAUCCUGGAGAACAACGGAAUAGGGGCCCUGCAGAGCAAAGCGGAGCUGCGCCUUCUGCGCCUCCUCGCCAGUGGCCGCACUCUGCUCCACUUGGCCUUGGCCCGGGCCGCCUUCCUCGUCCUCCUUGUGGGCCAGGCUUUUGUGCAGGGCCGUCGGAUGAUACGGCAGAAGUGGGGCUACUUUGGCAACAAGAGGAACUUGCUGGACACGAGUGCCCUCUUGGUGGGCCUGGUCGCCUUCGGCCUGCAGUUCAAGAGGGCUUUCCUUGCCUAUCAGAUCCUUACGCAGUACCGCCAGAACCGCCGCCGGUUCAUCAGCCUCUACGAAAUGGCUGAGGUGGACGCAGCCAUCACCUAUCUGAUUGCCUUCCUAUUGGCCUUGGCGACCGUCAAGCUGUGGAACCUCCUGCGCCUCAACGCCCGGAUGCAGAUCAUCACACAGACGCUGCAGGCUGCCUGGGAGGACCUCCUGGGUUUCCUCCUGGUCCUCUUGGUGCUCCUGGCAGGGUACUCCAUGGCGUGCAACCUCUUAUUUGGUUGGAGCAUCUUGGACUACAGAACCGUCUUGGACUCGGCCGUGACCAUUGUGGGCCUCCUGAUGGGAAUCUUUGACUAUCAAGAGGUUGUCGCUUUGGACCCUGUCCUGGGCUCCCUCCUGGUAAUCUCCAGCAUCUUCUCCAUGGUGUUUGUCACCAUCAACCUCUUAGUCUCGGUCCUCUUGAUAGUCUUUGGGAGGAAGAUGAAGGCUGCCAAGGCCAGCAAGGAGGAGUCGAUGCUACAGCUGAUUCAGCUCAAGAUCUCGCUCCUCUUUGGCAUUAAACAACAGAUGCUGCCAUCUGCUCCAAAGGAAACCCAAGACUGA